AUGGGUGAACGAAAUAAAAUAUUAUCCCGUCCCAUUUUCCGCCGAGAUGUCAGCUGGGAUCCUUUCCCGAACUGGACACAGCCGAGCCGCAUCUUUGCGCAGGAUUUUGGCCUCCCUCCCUUCCUGGAGCCUAGUGAUCUGGACUGGAUAGACUGGGCGAAGAGGAGACUGGGUUCUUUCUCCUGGCCUGGGUACACACAAACUCCCCUCCUGCCUCCAUUCAGCGGUCAGCACCCUGCGACGUUGAACCAAAAGGGUUCGAGACAGCUGGCAAGUGGGGUGUCAGAGAUCCGAACAGGGCAAGACAGCUGGAAGAUUAACCUGGACGUCAAUCACUUCUCGCCUGAGGAAAUUACAAUCACAACCAAGGAGGGAUAUUUACAAAUAUCAGGAAAUCAUGAAGAAAGGCAGGAUGAGCAUGGACUGGUGUCGAGAUGCUUCACCCGGAAAUACAAGCUGCCACAGGGGGUGGACUUGCAGCACAUCAGCUCUUCGCUGUCCUGUGAUGGAGUUCUGUCCAUAGAAGCCCCCGCCCCUGGGACAUCUGUCAGCGGCCCAGUCAAUGAGAUCGUCAUACCUGUUCAGAUCAGACAGACGCAGGACUGUGAAAAGUGA